GAGCAACACUUUCAUGUACACGUGCAACCGGUGUUUUAUUUAGAAUAGGCGUGUAAAGCAUACACAACUGUAAGAAAUAUAAAGCUCUUUGGAUCAUUAUCAAAUUUAUCAUUGAACGCUUAAUUGCAAAAAAUGGGUAAAAAGGACAAAAAUAAGAAAAAAGGUAAAGGCGCUGAAAAGACUGCUAUGAAAACAGACAAAAAAUUGGCAGCCAAACAAAAACGCAUGCUGGAAAAACUUGGCGAGACUGAUAUAACAGAAGUGGUAGCUAAGUUAGAAGCAGAAGAAGCACGUCGUAAGACUGUCACUGAAGUGGUAUGUGCACAUCCAAGCCCGCGUUCAAAUUUUACUUUUCUUGCUCAUCCGGAAAAAGAGGAGCUUAUACUUUUUGGAGGUGAAUUCUACAAUGGGCAACGCGUGUGCGUCUACAACGAUUUUUUCUUUUAUAAUAUCGCGAAGAACGAAUGGAAACAAGUGCAUACACCGGCUGGACCGGCUCCACGUAGUGGUCAUCAAAUGGUGGCCGUAGCAACAGACGGAGGUCAACUAUGGUUGUUUGGUGGCGAGUAUGCUAGUCCGUCUCAGUUACAGUUCUAUCACUACAAGGAUUUAUGGGUAAUGAGUAUAAAAUCGCGAACUUGGGAGAAAAUUAACGCGCCAAAUGGACCCAGCGCUCGGAGCGGUCAUAGAAUGGUUGUCAACAAAAAACGCCUUUUUAUUUUUGGUGGAUUUCACGACAAUAAUCAAUCCUAUCGGUAUUUUAAUGAUGUACAUAUAUUUUCGCUGGAGUCCUAUACUUGGUUGAAAGUAGACGUUAGUGGUGCUAUUAUACCAGCCCCACGUUCUGGGUGCUGCAUAGCUGCCUGCCCGGAUGGAAAACUGCUUAUUUGGGGUGGUUACUCGAAAGCAGCAAUUAAAAAAGAUGCAGAUCGUGGAGUGGUACAUACCGAUAUGUUCAGCCUUGUUCCUGACAAGAACAGCCCCAAUGACAAAUUCAAGUGGGUAACUGUAAAAGCAGGAGGUUACAGACCACUUCCACGCAGUAGUGUCAGUUGUACCACAGCGCCCAACGGAAAAGCAUAUUGCUUCGGUGGUGUUAUGGACAUUGAUGAAAAUGAGGAAGACAUCAAAGGUCAAUUUGGAGAAGAGCUGAUGGCACUAGACCUCAAUGCGACGACUUGGCGCUUAUUAGAGAUUAAGAAAAACGAAAAGAAAGUUGGGAAGAAGCAGGAAGAUAUGUCGAUACAGGACGUGGAAAUGGAAGUUGCACCAAAAUCAACUGACAAAGUCACCACCGAUGGCGUAUUUACUGUAACUGUUGCGGGUCCUAGUGGAAACACCUCUUUACCAAAAGUACCCAGUUUAUUUCCAAAUCGACGACCGAAAAAUAUACCGUCACCUCGAAUGAACGCAGGCUUAUGCGUUUGCAAAGGCACACUCUAUGUAUAUGGUGGCCUAUAUGAAGAAGAUAACAAACAGUACACAUUUAGUGAUUUCUAUGCUUUGGAUUUGCAUAAAAUGGAUGAGUGGAGAACAAUAAUUCCCAACAAUAUGGAUGCUCACGAAUGGGUUGACAGUGAAAGUAGCGAUUCGGAUGAAAACGAAAGUACGGAUAGUGAUAGUGAAAGUACUGAUGAAGAAGAUGGAGGAAUGGAUACAGAUUGAGUUAAGUAAUUGUAAAAAGUGUUCAACAUUGUACACCUUAAUGAAAAGUCAGUGUAGUGUAUCAAAGAUUUGCUUUAAUGUGCAAAUUUAAAAAUCAAUACGCAUACAAAUAAAAUGUAAUCAAUAUAUAAAACAUUUGACUUGUAGCAUCUUUUGUAA